CUGUCCGCCUCGGCUGCACUUCCUUGUGGCGGCGGAAGCGCCGAUGUUUACAAGUUUAUCUUCCCGCGUUACGAUAAACAGCCGAGGACGAAGAGCCAGCGGCCCGUCCGUGAGUCCCGGCGAUGAUUAAGACGGAGAAGAUCCUGCACCUGAAGAACUGCCGCGGGCGGAAGGUCCGCGUGGUCCGGGAACAUUAUUUGAGGGAGCGGGUUCCCUGCUACAGCGCGCUGUGUCAGGCGGACUGUGCGCACGACGGCAAAGUGCUGCCUGGAGACCUGACCCACUACGUGGUGCCGGACGCCGCCGUGGUGGUCGACUUUCUGGAGGUGCUGGAGCUCAGAGAGCUGCGGGGCAUCGUGUUCACGCAGACCGCGUGCCAGGCCGUGCAGCAAAGCAAAGGACGCAGGCAAUACAGCCGUCUACGAAACCUCCUCAAAGACCCUCGACAUGAUUGUGUGCUGUUUGCCAAUGAGUUUCAAGAGUAUUCGUACUGCCCUCGCGAGCGGGGGGAGAGUCUGGAGACGUGGCAGAGCAGGUGUGUGUACUCUGCAGCCGCCUGGUACCACGACCACCUGGCCGGUGUGAUGGACGUGGUGAUGGUGACGGAGGACCAGCGGGCCGUGGCUCAGUUCAGCAGCCUGAGGUCCGGCGUGUUCGUCGUCUCGCUGCAGGAAUAUUUGCAGAGUUUCUGGCAACAGCUGGACGCAGCGCAUGCGCUGUACCGCUCCAUCCGCCAGGCGCUGCAGGAGAAGGAGGGCGAGGCCGUGGAGCGCCAGUUCCCAGAACACCGUGCGGCCGAGGUCCUGGAGGCCGGCGUCAGGUCUGGACUCUACCUGGAGGGAACUCUUCACGUGAGCAAGCACCGAGCCCAGACUGAGGCCUCCGUCUCCACAGACGGCCUCUCCACUAAGAACACAGGCGUGGGCUCGUCGGUGCUGGUGUGCGGGUUCAAGAAUCGCAACCGAGCCGUGCACGGCGACGCGGUUGUGGUGGAGUUGCUGCCGAGGAGUGAAUGGAGAGGGAAGGUGACGGCGCUGUCCGGAGGUCAGGGAGACGAUGGCGGCGGCACCGAGGGCGGCGGCAGUGGCGGCGGCAGUGGCGGCGGCGGCAACGGGCCACAGCCCACAGGCCGCGUGGUGGGCAUCCUGCAGAGGAACUGGAGGGACUACGUGGUGACCUUCCCCCUCAGGGACCCGACCCAGAGCAGGAACUCCCAGCGCAUCCUGGCUGUUCCCUGGGACCAUCGCAUCCCCAAGAUCCGCAUCAGUGCUCAGCAGGCGGAUGCUCUGCAGGACCACAGAGUGGUGGUGCGCAUUGAUUCAUGGGAAAGCACAUCCCUCUAUCCCAGUGGACACAGUGUCCGGGUUCUGGGCCCGGCUGGAGAGCUGGAGACGGAGGUCCAGACCAUUCUGGUGGAGAACUGCAUCCACGUGCCUCCGUUCUCAGACGCUCAGCUCAAAGAGAUGCCCACUAACUCCCCAGAGGCACCGUGGGCCGUGGAUCCUGCCCAGGUUCUACAGCGCCGGGAUCUCAGGGAGUCCCGCUUGGUUUUCAGCAUUGACCCACGCGGCUGCGAGGACGUGGACGACGCGCUGUCCAUCUGCCGCCUCGGCAGCGGGAGGCUGGAGCUCGGCGUCCACAUCGCCGACGUCAGCCACUUUGUCACCGAGGGCUCCCUGACUGACCUGGAGGCCCGGUCCAGGGCCACGACGUCCUACCUGGCGGACCGGCGCUACGACAUGCUGCCCGCUGCUCUCAGCGCAGACCUCUGCUCUCUGCUGGGAGGAGCCGACAGGUACGCCAUGAGUGUGAUGUGGGAGCUGGACCAGCAGAGCCUCGCCGUCAGCAGCGUGUGGUACGGCCGCACGCUCAUCCGCUCCUCCUACCAGCUCCACUACGAGCUGGCCCAGGCCCUGCUCAACGGAGAGCGGGCCGAGGUCCCGGAGCUGGCCCGGCUCGGCCCCGACCAGAAGGAGGCCAAGCUCUGCGGGCUGACGGAGGCUCUGGAGAUGCUGACACAGGUGGCGAGACACCUGCGAGCACAGAGGGAGCAGGAGGGAGCGCUGGAGCUGGAGGGGGUGGAGGUCCGGGCCCAGUUGGAUGAGGAGAGGAACAUCACAGCCUUGGUUCCCCGUCAGCCUCUGGAAGUCCACGAAACAGUGGCCGAGUGCAUGAUUUACGCCAACCACUGGGUGGCGCGCAAGAUCCAGGAGACCUUCCCCCAUCAUGCUUUGCUGCGGCUUCACCCUCCCCCACGACAGGAGUUCUUCAGUCAGCUGGUGGAAUGUGCCUCAGCCAGAGGAUUCUCCAUGGACACCAGCUCCAACAAGGCCUUGGCUGCGUCCCUGGACCGGGCUGUGGACCCUCAGGACUCGACCGUGAACAGACUGCUGAGGAUGAUGGCCACCCAGGCCAUGUCACAGGCUCUGUACUUUUCCACUGGCUCGCAGCCCCAGGACCAGUACUACCAUUACGGUCUAGCUCUGGAUCGCUACACACACUUCACCUCACCCAUCCGUCGCUACGCCGACAUAGUGGUCCAUCGCCUCCUUACCGCAGCCAUCGACGUGGACAGAGGUGUUGGACCUGGCAAAGCGUUAGCCGGUAACAAGGAGCUGGACGAACUCGCCCAGCACAUCAACAAGAAAAACCGGGCGUCCCAGCGAGCCCAGAAACUGUCCACAGAGCUGUUUCAGUGCCUCUACUUUAAAGAAAGAAACCCUCAGACGGACAAGCGCUGCGAGGCUGAUGCUGUCAUCUACUCCAUCCGAGACAAUGGCGUGUUGGUGUUUGUCCCAGAGUAUGGGCUGAAGGGCCCAGUCUACAUGAGGAACCGGGAGGAUCAGGUCGUGGCUGUAGCACCGGACGGCAGGUGUGAGUGGCAAAGCGGCUCAGUGCGGCGACACAGGGACCACAUCGUCACCAGCUCGGCCUCCGGCACCUCCACCUUCAGGCUGUUUGACCACAUCACUGUUCGUAUUUCUGUCCACUCCACUCGCUGCCACGCAGACACUCUAAACCUUGAAGUCAUCAGCAACAAGCCUCACCAGAGCACGCGGCUCCAGCAGCCUCACGCCCAGGGCCGCAGCCAGCUGGUCCAGGAGGUGGUCCGUUUGGCCCAGGAGGCGGCGCAGCAGCCCAAACUCUCUAAGGAGGAGAGGCAGUUCUGCCAGAGCAAAACUCCUAAUCUGUACCUGCUCCUGGAGGAGAUCCGAGAGCUGGCUCUCAUGGACCUGGACGCCAUGGCUCAGGUCUGUGCAACAAAAGCAUAGAACAACACGCGCCAAACUCUGCUCACAGAUGCUGAGCUUAAUCUGAGUCAGGACAGACCUGAGCAGAAGAGACUUCACAAAUUCUAGCUGAUUCUGAGCACAUCUCCAUUUGUUACAAGUUUGUAGCUACUGAACUUAGUUUAACACAGUCAUUAAACUGAUUUCUGGCACUAACACUUGAAUGUAACUGCUAACAGUCACAUGGAUGACUCAGUAUGUCGUAUAUAACAGGAACCAGGCACCAAAAUGCGUCUGACCCUAAACGUUACGGCGAAUUAAGUUUAGUUUCUUUUUUAUUGCUCAUUGCUGCUUGUGUGGAAACCUUUUAGCAGGUUAAGGUUAGUAUCACGGAGCUGGUAGAAGGGUUUUUAUCGGUGAUUUUAAUAAGGCUUCUUUUUAGCUUGCUUAUCAAACAUUAGGUAUCAUGACUGCAUCCAUGUGUAGAAGCGUUUGGCAACAUGUGAUUUACAUGAUGGAAAAUUAAACUUGUUAAAAAUUCAGAUUAACAGAGGUUAAAUCUCAUGAAAAUGAUACAGGUGAAACAAUAAACACUGUCCAAAACAA